AUGAAACAAGAAUUAGUUCUUAUUAGAGCAAGUAAUGAUUUAGAUGCAGUUUUGUUUAAAGAUGAUUUGGAGACCAAAGUAGUUACUGAUCAAACUACAAUGAUCUCCUUCGAUAAAUUGUAUUGGAAAAUUCCACACAUAACAGUAGAUAUACCUCAACAGCUGGCAUUAUCAAAAAUACUAGAAUCUAACAAAGAAAUCUUUCUAGGAUUUAGAACUUGGGAAAUUGUUGAAUAUUCGUCUUAA